AGCAUAAUUAUAUCGGUCUAUAGGUCUCAUGGCUGCAAUAUCACGGACUCAUGAAUUCACUGAUGUCAGAGUUACUCCAUUCCACCUCACAUUCUGUGUAUGAUCUAUCAUCAACCCUUGUUAAGGAGUCAAUCUCUUGGAUAUGUCCGAAGGAACCUGGGAGAAGUUGUCCCAGGUCGCUGUCAAGGGUGCCGAACAUGACUCUCGUGAACGCCAGCCCCAUCCCAAAUGUUUGAAAGGGACCCGUGUAGCUGUUCUCACCCACAUCUACGAAUUAUUGGACAAGAAAGACAAGAAUCGACUCAUUUGGCUGCAUGGCACCGCAGGCGUCGGAAAGUCCGCUGUUGCGUUCACUGUAGCUGAAAGGAUGAAAGGACUGAAAAUGACAGAGGAGACGAAAAUAGAAACGCGACUUGCAGGGACAUUCUUUUUCUCGCGCAAGCACACGAAACGCCGGACGACUGGUUAUUUCUUCGCGACACUUGCCUACCAGCUGGCCAUCAAUUUUCCCAGCGUCCGGAAGGACGUGAACAGAGCUAUCCUGGACAAUCCGGCCCUUUUAGACCCCGACAAAUCUCUUCGCGACCAGAUGGAGGCGUUGUUUCUCCAACCUUUGCGAAAGCUUCAAAUCAGACUGCGCGAGUGUCCGCCCUUGGUGUUCAUUGUCGAUGCCCUCGACGAAUGCACACCAGAAUCCCUCGAUCAGUCCACAUCCGAAUUGUUUGAUGAAGAGACAUCCGAAAGCGAGCUGGCAGAUCUCAUCUCCCUACUCGUCGAAGCCCUUCGCGAUCCUGGUCUGCCUGUGACCUACAUUCUAGUCACAAGCCGAUCCGAAGCACAUAUUCAUGAAGCCAUGCACAAUGAAGAUGUGUGGCCAUCAGUGUGCGAGAUACCCGUGAAGAUUUUUUGGAAGGGUGUGGCUGCCACCAUCUCGCUAGACGGCGCGGAUGUUGACGAAGACAUCUAUCUUUUCUUGGAGCAUUCCUUCAGAAAAUUGCGAAGUCGCUGUUCCACUUUCCCGCAGCCAACGAAGGGUCAACUUGUGCGGCUGGCGAGCCGAGCGGGCAGACGAUUCAUCGUGGCGUCGACAAUGAUGAAGUUCAUUGAUGAUCGGCACAAUGAUCCCCGUGACAGGCUUCAGCUUAUGCUCGAGCUAACGAGUAAAUUGCUACCGGGAACAGAGGUGUACAAGUUGUACGACCGUAUCCUGACCACGUGCGCCGACCCUUCGCUGGCAUACCUGCACUUGUCCGUUGUUUGCGCCCUUGCAGACCCCCUACCGAUAUCGCAAAUAUCGACACUCCUUGGCCCUAGUCAGGGCAGGGACGUCGAGAGUGUGUUGGUGCAACUACGGUCUGUCAUAGAAAUUCCUAGCGACAGCCGUUUCCCAGUGAACAUCUAUCACUCGUCUGUCCGUGAUUAUGUUUCCCACCGCUCAAACUGCACCCUACGUCAAGUACAGUAUAUUGCUUCGCCCCACUCCCUACUCGCAGUUUCCUCUCUUCAUUUGAUGGUACAAGACAUCCCGGAUUGCUCUGGCCUGCUGAAUGCGCUCUCAGCAUUGAAGAGGUAUAGCCAAGUGAUGGAAUCACACAACCCACGAAGUUUAACACCCUCAUUAUCCUUCAUGGUUCAGCGACCGGAUCCAAUGCGAGCGCUCAUAGCUCUGAUAUGGCUUCGGGGAAAUCGCGGUUCAGAGUUACAUUUCUGGCUAGAGACGCUGGAUGGGCGUGCCUGGCUUGCAACUCACGGGGGGAAAGAGUGGUUGCUGAUCCAGCAGGGAAAGAAUUGGCUGAAGACCAAGGGCGGGGGAGAGUGGGUGCAAACCCAGGAUGGGCGAGACUGGCUGCAAACCCAGGGUGGGCAAGACUGGCUGCAAACCCAGGGCGGGGGAGACUGGCUCUGGACCCAGGGAGGGCGAGUCUGGCUGCAGACCCUGGCCGGGCGAGUCUGGCUGCAGACCCAGGGUGGAGAAGUCUGGCUGCAAACCCAGGGCCGGGCGAGUCUGGCUGCAGACCCAGGGUGGAGAAGACUGGCUGCAGACCCAGGGCGGAGAAGAUUGGCUGCAGACCCAGGGUGGACGAGACUGGCUGCAGCCCAAGGGUGGAGAAGACUGGCUGCAGACCCAGGCCGGGCGAGUCUGGCUGCAGACCCUGGCCGGGCGAGUCUGGCUGCGGACCCAGCCUGAGGGCGGAGAAGACUGGCUGCAGACCCAGGGCGGAGGAGACUGGCUGCAAACCCAGGGCGGGCGAGUCUGGCUGUGGAGCCAAGGUGGAGACUGGCUGCAGACUC